AUGAUCAAAAUGAAACUGAUGACAAAAAUCAACUCGUUUUUAAUUUUAUUACUUUUAAUUUUUGUUUUCUGUAACGCAGUUGGAUUUGAGGAUUUACAGCGAGUAUUUGACAAUGAAAGUUGUGAAAAUAACUGCAAGUUUAACUACACACAUGUAAACUCCAAAUCUAUAAAAUUUUUCCCGAAAUGUUAUCAUGUUUGUGCAAUUAUAUUCAUAGAUAAUAGUACCGAUUUGUCUUUUGCUCAAUUGCAAGAAGGCUUCAAAGAAAUGCGAUUUUUGAAGGGUGGUGUAAGAAUUGAGAAUACUCAUUUCAAGAAUCUAUCGUUUUUCACAACCGACGACGAAACUGGCCCACUUAGCAUAUUUUGUCAUUAUUAUGGUUUGUAUAUAGAAAACAACACCGAAUUAACGGAUCCUAGUAUGCUAUACAGAUUUUUUAUGCACCGCCUAGCUGGUCAUAAUGAGGCCACUUAUCAUAUCAGAAAUAAUCUGAAACUAAAAGUUGACUGUACUGCUCGUUGGCUGAAUUUGUAUAUGGAUGUGAAAGUGUCUGGAAAUUCGCAAAAUUGUGGAGGAUGUCAUGGUGAUGAAAUCAAUUCUAACACUAUCAGUCAGUAUAAAAAUUGCACAACUUUGAAUAGUGGUCUGAAACUUUCAAAUAUCACUAAAGAUUUCAAUAUACCGGCUCUUUCAAAUAUCAACGCUAUUCGCGGAGAAAUUCAUAUUUUUGACACUGACUUUCAUAAAUUAUCAUUUCUACCAAAAUUGGCAACUUUGGAGAUCAGUAAUCGAGGAGAAACUAAGAAUAUAAUAAUAGAUAUUCAUGAUAACCCAAAUAUGACACGGUUUGGAUUACUAACUGAAAACAUGUGGGAUGUUGACAAUGCUUGGGGCCUCUGGGGCGGUGGAAUCAAAAUUGUGAACUUUGAAAAUCUACAUCCCGAUUUUUGUUUCACCCUCGAGGAAUUGAACUUCUUUCUGAAAUUUGACAUUUCUUCCAAGAAUUUGAAUGCGAAAAUUUGUGACGAUGCUGGGACAAUAUUUGAUACGGAUUAUUCUAUAGAUAUUGUUAAUUGAAACUUGGUAAUUGAGUCUGGAGAUGAAGAGCAUGUAUCGAAAUUGGACGGUGUUUCACAUAUUUUUGGAGCGCUGAUAAUUCGAAAUACUAAACUGAAACACUUGAAUUUUCUAAAAAAUCUACAAUAUAUUGCUGCAAUUAGUGAAGAGAUACCAGUGAUUCAAAUAAUUUCUAACCCAAAUUUAAAAAAAGCAAAUCUUCCGGAAGUUUCAAACAUUUUAGCCAGGGGUAAACGGAUAGGAAUAGUUCAAGACAAUCACCCAGAUAUUUUCAAAGCUAAGAACUGUAACAUGUUUGUUUCUAUUUCUAAGACCAUGUUCCAAGAGUAUAGAGUUAACUUAACUUAUAAUGGUAGUCAAUGUGGCGACAGAGUUGACAUUAAUAUCUCGGCGAGAACUGGAAAUUCGAUAGCUUUUAUAUUCAUCAUUAUUCAAAUGAUUUUGAUAUGCAAUUUUGAUGUAAAUUUGAAACUUUUUUCUCGUUUUUGA